UUCAGCACGUGAAUCUCGUCGGCAACAUCUUUGCCUCGAUUCGCUGUCAGACAUUUGGCUUGUGGCCUAUCAGUUCGGGACAGAACAAGACCAGUAUUUUCACACCUAGCAUGGCUCAGUUUGCACGGUGUUUUUCCACCACUGUGCGACGCUUAAACAAUGCAUCCGCCUUAGAAGCUUGCUCCGAGAUAUUCGCGCGAUUCGGCGACAAACCAAUAUCAGUCCGCAAGCAGUUGCUGGAUGCCAAUCAAUUGCACCUUCUAAACAUCACUCUUGGCCGCUCGCCCACCUCGACGCAAGCACCAGCGAACGGAACUCCUAUUCCUGCCGGGUAUCAUCUGGUUUAUUUCACGCCAUCCAUCUUGGAAGCAGAGUUGGGUGUAGAUGGUACCGACAGGACUGUAAACCCACUCUGUCCAUUUACGCGUCGUAUGUGGGCAGGUGGGGAAUUACAAUGGACUCAGGAUGAAUCAUUGCUACUUCGCGUCGGGCAAGAAGUCCAGGAAACAACGAGGAUGCUGUCAGCUGAACCCAAGAAGCUCAAAUCUGGCGGCGAGAUGUUGGUCGUCGGAGUUGAGAAAACAUUCGAGAACGACAAAGGCGUUGCACUCAUUGACAAGAGGAAUUGGGUUUUCCAGAAAGAGAUCACCGCUCCGAAAGCGCCGCCGCCACUACCAGAGACCAAGCCUCUACCAGAGGGCGACAUCACGCGGGAUGUCAAACAGACUUAUACUUCACUGUUCCGCUUCUCGGCAUUGACGUUCAAUGCGCACAAAAUUCACUAUCUACCUGAAUGGUGUAGGGAAGUUGAAGGGCACCGCGACGCAGUGGUCCAUGGACCCUUAAACUUGAUCAAUAUGCUUGAUUUAUGGCGUGAUACUGCGAGAAACGAGGAAGACGUUGCAUUGCCCGCAUCAAUAUCUUACAGGGCCAUGAAUCCCUUGUACGUGAAUGAGCAGUACCGGAUACUGCUGCAGAAGGAUAACAACCAGUGGAACACGGAAAUCUGGGACAGCUUUGGUAAACAGAGCAUGAAAGGGCACAUUAUCUCGUAGUUUCAAAACAUCUGUGGAAACAAUAUCAAAA